AGCAGUCUUGAUCUAGACCUUGACGUAGUCAGUGCAGAAGAGUUCUCACAGAACAUUUAUUCUCAUUUUCAAAACUUUGCAUUUUUUGUGAUUUUUCGCAUAAAAAUGGUUGGAAAGGAUUUUAGUUCGCAAUCAGGGUUCGUUACGAAGGCAAUCCACUGUAGUCCUGCAUCAAAAUCUCUAGGAGAUCCUGUAAUUACACCCAUUGUCACCUCAACAAUCUACCAAUACGACUCUGUGCACAAUGACAAGGAUUUCGAAUAUACACGCGUUGGAAAUCCCACGCGUAGUGCAUUGGAAGCAUGCUUGGCGGCCCUGGAUAAUGGGAAGUACGGUCUAGCAUUUGCAUCGGGUCAGGGGGCAACAACAUCCAUCACCCACCUCCUGAAUCCUCGUGAUCACCUUCUUGUGAGUAAGGAUUUGUACUACGGCACUGAGGGAUCCAUGACAUCCCUACGCCAGUCCAGGGACAUAGACGUGGAGUUCUUCGAUGCAGGUAAUCCUGAUUCACUGAGGCGUGCUCUAAAGCCAAACACGGCUAUGAUUUGGUUGGAGAGUCCCACGAAUCCCCAUUUGGUUGUGGUUGACAUCAAAACUCUCUCGGAUAUUGCACACAAGCACAAUAAGAAGGUAAUUAUUGUCCUCGUGCAUAUUCCAUGCUUAUAAAUCCUCCAUCAAUACAAUUUCCGCAUAACUUUGAUUAAAGUUCAAUGAGGCAUUAUCUAUAGAUUGCUUGAUAAGAGAGAUUUAUAAAAAAAAUAGAGAAGAUCAAAAUAUAUUCUAGUGUAAAAGGUAGGUAUAGUAAAUCAGCAGAAAAACAUUAAUCAAGUUGAAGAGUCUCCGUUGAUAAGAAAUUAUCAAUUAUUUCAAGGUUAUCUAUUAACCUUUCCCCAGCUAUAAGUAUUUAUAGACUUAUUUUCAUUUAAUUAAUUUUUCAUACCGGUCACAACAUCACAUUACGCUUUUAUUUAUUUGUAUUUUUAUUUUUGUUUCUUUUUAAUUAAUUGCGAAUUUUUAUAUCUAUAUGAACAUAAAAAAUCGUGGGAUGUGUUAACCUUUUGUAUGCUGAGUGCAAAACAGUCACCUAUAUCGCCAUGGGGUAAGU